CAGCGCUAUGGCAUUCAAGGCAUGCAUUACCGUCUUAGCUGCAAUGUAUGCGGUGCACGUUUUAUGCGGCGCUGAAGAGGACUCUGAAGAGCUGGGAGAAGUGUCAUAUGAAGACUGGUGCCCAUAUGAAACACUCAAUACCGGAGAGAACAGUUCUUUGGUACUCAACUGUACAACACCUUGUGGCCUCGUCCUGAACGACACCAUGCCCUGCGUGAAUGCCACAGACCCACCACUAAAUUUGCCAGCAUCAAAAUUACACGUGCACUGUUGGAUCCUGUCACAUGGUACAUGUCCUUCAAAACAACACAGUGAAGGUGGAUUGUUGGGCUAAUGCUGUUGAGAGCGAGGGGAGAAGAACUGUUGGAAAGGGCUUACUCGGUGCAGCUA